ACCCCGGAAGUAAAUGGGGGAUAAGAAGGGUUUUGUAAUGGGAAGAAAUUUGGCGUGACAGCGUUCGUAAAGGCGAGUUCCACAAAUUGUUUCCGGUACCGCAGCUAUUUGUACUUGGAGCUAUAAACCCCCUCUUCCUUCCCGCCUCCCGGGUUUCUAGCCACUAUGUAAUAAUAUUUUUAUAUACAUUUUUUUUUUGCACUUAAUAUAAAAUAAAAUACAACGUUCAAUCCAGAACAGUGCUGUAUGUAUGCGUCCUUGUUUUGGCCCAGAGACAAAACCCGCAGAAGAAACGAGAACGCGGAACACGGAAAUGACCUGCCUCAUGACGUCACCAUUUCAGCGGACAUGAGGAGCUAUGGAAGAUGAGCGCCGGUAGGGUUUUCAAGGAUUUCCUGGAGUAAUAGACUUUGUGGAAAGCUACCCGCGCCAUAGUUUGCGUAAAACAAGGGUAGUGAUCAAAGCCACUAUCAUGUCGGAGGAGGCGACCUCUCCGGUCUACUGUUCAGUAUAGAAAGGCUAUAUGACCUCAGCACUGGUCUGCGCUACGACUCAGCAGGCUGACACAAUAGCUUCUACAGUGCAGAAGCCUAGUAAUGGAGGAAGGACUGUUCAAGUAUAUCAGGAAUGGGGAUGGUAAAGUUCGCCGUAUCUUUCGCAUCGGAACCCGAAAGAGUCAGUUGGCUCUCAUUCAGACUGACAGUGUUGCUGACAAAAUUAAGGAGCUGUACCCUGAUAUAAUUUUGGAAAUUGUGGGUAUGUCCACGAUUGGAGAUAAAAUCCUUGACACAGCUUUAUCAAAGAUUGGAGAGAAGAGUUUGUUCACCAAAGAGUUGGAAAAUGCUCUGGAGAAAAAUAUGGUGGAUCUGGUCGUCCAUUCACUGAAGGACCUUCCCACCACUCUGCCUCCAGGAUUCACCAUUGCAGCUGUGCUCAAGAGAGAGAAUCCUCACGAUGCAGUGGUGUUGCAUCCAAAAAAUGUAGGAAAAUCCUUGGAGACUCUUUCAGAAAACAGUGUGAUUGGCACCAGUUCACUGCGUCGUGCUGCUCAGUUGAAGAAAAAAUUCCCUCAUCUGGAGUUUAAAGAUAUUCGUGGAAACUUAAACACAAGGUUAAAAAAGCUGGAUGAGAAAGACGACUUUGCCGCCAUCAUUCUUGCUGCUGCAGGGCUCAGGAGGAUGGGUUGGGAGAACCGGAUCAGCCAGAUACUGGAGCCCAAAGACUGCAUGUAUGCUGUUGGACAGGGCGCUCUGGCAGUGGAGGUUCGAGCGAGGGAUACUGACAUCCUGGAGAUGCUGUCUGUGCUAAAUGACGGUGACACUGUGUUACGCUGCAUAGCUGAGAGAGCUUUUCUAAGGCACCUGGAGGGGGGCUGCAGCGUUCCUGUGGCCGUGCAUACAGAGGUGAAAGACUCUCAGCUCUACUUGACAGGUGGUGUGUAUAGUCUGGAUGGAUCUGAGAGUCUAAAGGACACCAUGCAGACAUGCAUCCCUGCUACUGCUAAGUGCCAAGAGGAGGUGGACGAGCGAUGCCAGCGAGUGGGCGUCACAACCGUCAAGGUCGGCGGGGAAUCUCAGGACAAGGCUGAGCGGCUGGGUAUUGAUUUGGCCAAAUUGCUGCUAAGCAAAGGAGCAAAGGAGAUCCUGACAGCGGCCAGACAGCAAAAUGAUGCCAGAUAAUUGUUGGUCAGGGCUUGAUGGCGCUCACGCAAAAAAGGCAGUGAGCAAUAUUUCUGGUCCUUGAGAUGGUAUCCUCUUGAAGCCUAUUUUAGUCUUUUGCAGUAAUCUGGGCUGUUGCGCCAAAAAGCUUGUGAAACAAACCAUUUUUUCACUGGGAAACCAACCGUACAAUCGAGAUUUUAAGUCUCUGCAACGUUUGUCUUUUGAAGAGAAACUGCGGUUCCUCUUCAUUGAAGAUGAACUUUUGAUGACGGACCACAGUUUUCCACAUACUUUUAAGAAUUGCAAGCAAAAAAUACAAGCUCGGUCUGUAAUGACCACAUUUAGUAAUAAUGGCUGCUGCUGUAAACUCACCUACAAAUAUUCAACCUUUUAGCUUUGCUUUUUUAAAGAAAAAUUAAGUUAUCAAGAAACAGAAUGUGAAAUAAAUGAGUCAUUUUGCAACUUACUGAUAUCAGAGAUUGUUGUAAUGUCUGAAUUUACAUGAAUUAUUUUCUAUAUAUUUUUUGAUUUUAUAACUGCUUCAUGAAAAAACAAGUAUUUGCCUUACAUGUAUCACUUUUUUCAGUGGCUGUGUCCUACUUCACUUGGAUCAUAGCGUCAUACAUUUAGUUUUAUUUUCCUUUUCUUUAUCGUAUUGUGUUUGCUUAACUUUGUACAGUGUAACUAUUGAUACAAAGGUGAGCUAUUGAGAAAAUAUUGAGUGUAUGUGUGAGCAUUGCUGUUAAAGGAACAAAAUGCAAAUAAAAAUUGUGCCCUA